AUGCCGAUAUCUUCAAAAUUCAGUCAUACUGAUAAUAAUGAUCAUGGUACAGGUUUACUAACAAAAUUUAAAUUAACAAAAAAUGAAUACAAUGCAACAAUGCUUAAUAAUGUUGAAUAUAACCGUCUUAAACUUAUUAAUAAAAGGGAUCAUGGCCAUCAUAGUGUGAAUGCGUGUAAUCUACAAGCAGCGAUGCAUGAAUAUAGAAAACGCGUAAACUAUAAUCAAACAGUGACUCGUAACAUAGACGAAUUUUUGAUUGAAAGAAAGGUAAAAUUUCGAUUUGAAUUUAUUAUUUUGUAUUAUUCUAUUUUCAAUUUAGUUAAUAUUUAG